AGUAACGAGACACAUAUUCAACCCCUUCCUUCUUCUUUCUUCCACUGAGUAUACGAGAGAGCAAAAUGGAAUCUGAGAGAGUAUCGUUACGAAAGAUCCACGAGCAUCCUAUGAUCCCUUGGAAUGAUCUGAGGAAAGGUGAUUGUUGUGGAUACUUUGAAUCUCAGAGCGAUGGAUACUAUUGUAAAGUAUGUGACCUUUUUGUGCACAAGAAAUGUGGCGACGACGAGGUCUCUCAGUUUAUCGACCACCCAUAUCACCCCAAUCACACACUCAAGCUUCGUUCACGUUUUUCAGGUUUGAACACCAAAUGUGAUUUAUGUGAUAGGAGAAUCUUGUUUCUAUCUUAUCGUUGUGAUAUAUGUAACUUCGACUUGGAUCUACGCUGCUUCAAGUACACACCACCAGAGGUUAUAGACAAUUCUGAGAAGCACCGCCACAAGCUCGCACUUGUCAAGAAACGGACUGAAAUUGACUGUUCUGCUAAGUGCGGGAAGCAUAGUGAAGGAUUUCCUUACAAAUGUGAUGAAUGCGAUGUAUCCUUCCACGUGGAUUGUGUAUGGCACCCAAAACCACUAGAUCAUCCGACAGAGGUAAACCACCCUUACCACUCCUUGCAUCCUCUUAAGCUCCUCACAGGUCCACCACCGGACUAUUCUGAUGGUAAAUGUCGUCUUUGCGGAAGAAAGGUUGACAAAGAAUUGUUUUAUCAUUGUUCUUCUUGCAACUUCACACUGGAUAUGCCUUGUGUUCUGCACCCGCCACCACAAGUUGCUGUGGAUUUGAAAGCUCAUGAUCACCAACUCACCCUUCUUCCACGACUGCUUUCUUUUACGUGUAAUGCUUGCGGUCUCAAGGGAGAUCGAAGCCCUUACAUGUGCGUUCAAUGUGAUUUCAUGAUCCAUCAAGACUGUAUUGGCCUUCCACGUGUCAUUAACAUCAAUCGCCAUGAUCACCGUGUUUCUCGUACUUUGCUUCUUGGUGUUGUGGACUCUGUAUGCGGAGUUUGUCGCAAGAAGGUGGACUGGACUUGUGGAGGGUUUUCUUGUAAGAGGUGUCCUGGCUAUGUCGUUCAUUCUAAAUGUGCUACCAGAAAUGAUGUGUGGAACGGGAAAGAACUCGAAGGAGUACCCGAAGAAGAAGAAGAUACAGAACCAUAUGUGGUGAUAGAUGAAAACACAAUACAACAUUUCAGCCACAAAGAGCAUUACCUAAGACGAAUUUGUGGGAAUGGUGUUUUGUACGAGGAGAACAAACGAUGCAGCGCAUGCACCCAUCCCAUCGGUCUUCAAUCUUUUUAUGGCUGUGUGGAUUGUGAUUUUUCUCUACAUCAGAAUUGUGCUGAAUGUCUUAAAAGGAGACGACAUGUACUACACAAUGAACGGCUCACUUUAGUUACAAACAAGGACCUAGAAGUCUUCAAUUGUGAUGCUUGCUCUCGAUUGUCCAAUGGUUUCAUGUACAAGGAUGGGUAUAAGGAGUUAGAUGUCUUGUGCGGUUCAAUUUCGGAGCCAUUUGUCCAUCCAAGUCAUCCCCACCAUCCCUUAUAUUACAUUCCCACAGAAAACGAUGACAAGAUAUGCAAUGGUUGCAAUAUACAAGAACGACAUGUCCUCAGGUGCAUUGAAGGUGAUUGUGGAUUUGUAUUGUGCUUCAAAUGCGCCACUCAACCAAAAGUGGUAAAGCACAGAGUAGACGAUCAUCCUCUCUCACUGUGCUAUGGCGAAGAAGAGGAGGCAAGUGGUAAAUAUUGGUGUGACAUCUGUGAAAAAGAAACCGAUUCAAAGGAAUGGUUCUACACGUGUAAAGAUCAGCGGGCUAGUUUGCAUAGAGAAUGUGUGCUCGGAGACUCGACAGGGCUCAUGCCAAGAACCGUAGCAAAGAUUUGGGGCAAAUCGUAUGAGGUGGUGCUGAAUAAUAGUGUAACUCGUCCGUUUUGCAAGAGGUUUCUGGAGACGCAACCACCAAGCAUAGCAGAGUUUUGGAAAAGAUCAUUUGAGGUGGUGCUGAAUAAUAGUGUAACUCGCCCAUUUUGCAGCUGGUGUGAGUAUCGUUGCAUGUACCCUAUCUACCUCAAGGUGCUUGGAAACUCAGAGACAUACUAUUGCUCUCUUCAUUGUGUAUAAUUCUUUAAAUGGAGUCAUGGUCUGCUUGGAACCUCAGAGACAUACAUUAAAAAUGUAGUGUAAAAAAAGUAGGCCAUGGAGGCAAGAUAUCUAUUCAUUUAGUUUCUUAUAUUCUUCAUUGGACAAGUUCAUUUCCACUAUGGGUUGAUCUCCCUAAUCUACUUAUCUUAUCCAUAAGGUUUGCUAUAAAAAAAUGCGAGCUGUUUUCUUAG